AUGAAACGUACCUACAUAUAUACUAUACAUGUAUGUAUGCGUAGAGGUACGCGGAUGGUACCUUUCGGCUCGGUGCCGAUCACCACCGACCCGGAGCCGGGACGGCGGGUCCUCGGCAGUUUCUCGACGACCGUCGUCGUCGCAGCGCCGCCCAGGAGGAGCUCCGCGCGGACAGCGAGCGAACGAGCGAGCGAGAAGAAGACGCGCCUCUCGGACACCUGGUCCGCCGGAGUGCAUCGACCCGUCCCGAAGAGCGCAUCUGGCGGCGAAAGGGCGCGUGCGGGGCGGCGCCGGCGUCGCAGCGGCCGCCGGACGGCGGGCCGGCGAAGACCGAGGGCGAAAGGGGCCGAUGGCGGCGGCGGAGGCGGCUCGGGCGCCGCCCGGCGCCCGCUAGGGGCUGGAAACCGAACAGGUGCGGGAGAGAUGAGGCGAGGCGGGAGCCGCCGAAUGGUGGAAUUUGAUUCUUCGGGCGAGAGGUCGACGGUUCGACGGCGCUGAGACGAUGACGGAGCUCGGUCGAGUGAGUUUCGAUUUUUUUUUUUUUGAAAUUAUUUUUUGGAAUUUUUUUUUUUGGAAAUUUUUUUUGGGAUUUUUUUGGGGAUUUUUUUUUGGAAAUUUAGAUGAAAAAUUUGUGUAG